AUGUGGGAACGUUCGCAACAAAGUGGAUCACGUUUCCAACGACGUGUCAAGGCCGAACUUGUUGUCACGGCGAGUUCUGGUUCCAUGUUCGGUAAAGCUCUACUUGAGGAAGCGAUCGUCCGCACCACAGUAUCACCGCAUUUACGCCAGUCGAACGGGCAUUGUGGCCGUAUUCUCGACGUCGCCCGUCAUGGCACCAGCGACUUCUCCUGCACCGAGAGGCUCCUUCCGCACGAGCCCAUGGGCGUCGCACCCGCAAGUAGUUCAGGCAGUCGUCCAUGUCCAGCUGACGUGAACCCGGGCGUGACAUGGAGCAAGGUGCGGUGA